UGGUGCUUCUUUUCAUCAAAACAGACAUCGAUUGGUUUUGCGUGUAUGCGGUAGCAAAAUUGAAAGUGUAUACAGCUAGUAAAAUCAUUCAAAUUGAUUUCGCCGAAUAGAGAGAAGAAAACAUUGACGUGGUGAAUCAUUCAAUUUUUAUCAAUAACGAUUGACGAAUUUGUACAAUAUAUCGACAAAUACUACACGUCUCAGUGUGCCGACGUGUGUAAUUAAUACAAUUUUUUUUUUUAAUUCUUCAUUCGUUGCUUGUGAAUUUCAUUUUCACAUCGUAUCCUUUUCGUGCAAUUGUUGUUGAUUAUUAUUUAUUUUCGUUGUUGUGUGUGCGUUACCAGUGCAAUAUUCAUUUAUUUAUUGAUUUUUACCCCCCUUUGCUGUGAUUGUUUAUAGUAAACAACAUUUUGCAUAAUUUUCAAUUCUACUUAGUUUGAAAAAAUUGAAAGUGAAAACCAAACCAAUAAGCAACAAACGCAGCAAAAUUAACAGCCGAGUGUUAUUUUAUCUUGAGAGUGAUAAGAACACGGUGUGUUACAGUCAACUAUGAUUUGAAUUAAAAAGAACACACACACACGUUUUUGCCAUUUAUUAUAAACAUUUCAAACGAACUAUUUAACGCUUGGGUACAAUAACUUCAGUCGAUUCAAAACCAACGAAGCAUAAAAAGUAGAUCGAGUCGUAGUCGGUGCUUCGUUGAAUCAAAUGAUAGAAUUGUUGAUGUGUUGAGAGAGCGACGAGCAUUUAUGUCAUAAUGUUCACUUCACUCAAGAACAAGAUUCGCGAAGAGACUGGUAAUGAUGUUUGUGCACAACAUCCGGCAUUCUCGUCAAACCGUCGCAAUUCGCUGAGUUUGAAUAAUUUCAAUAACAACAAUAAUAUCAUCGACACAAGUCAAAAUGGUGCCUAUACACCAUCGCUACACAGCUCAAAUGGCACACUUAACAAUAGUCAGCAACGUUUCACGACAAUAAAUUCACCAAUCGAUCAGCUAAAUGCGAUUAUCGCACAGAAAAAUGAGGAAAUCACAACACUGAUCGAAAAAUUAAACGAAUCGGAUGCAAAAUUUACCAAAUUAUUCACCGAAUACGAUGCAAUUGCGGCGAUUAAAGAUCGCUUGGAAAAGAGCAACAACAUUUUGGAGGAUGCGCUCAAAGUGGCGCAAGAACAAAAGGAAUUAAUUCACAGCGAACAAGAUAAAAUACAAAAUUUGCAGGCACAAGAAAUUAGCAAAUUGAAAAGUUUACUGCAUUUUCGUGAACAGGAAGCCAUUGAUCGGCUAUCGACAAUAAAACAAAAGGAUAAUCAAUUGGAUCAAAUGCAAAUGGAAAAUGCACGCUUGCGUGAGUUGGAAGCAAAUUUUGAAAAUAUUCAGGAUGAGCUUGAGAAGCUGCGUCAUUCGGCCCAAAUGGGGAAGAACAGUCUAACGGCCACAUUGGCAUCGGUGGAAGAACAAAAUCGGCACUUAGCCAGCAAACUGCAGAUAUACGAAGAAGGUCGCAUUAAUUUCACAAUGAACCAAAGUAAUGAUGAAAAAAUGCAAAUUUUAUUACGUGAACGUCGCAUGUUAGAACAACGUUUGGAAGAGGCUCAUCUACAUUUAUCCGAUAUAAAAAGUACAUGGAGUGCACAAAAUAUGGCCUUGGAAACGCAAGUCGAUCGCCUAUCACGACAAGUAGCCGCUGAAACAACGGAAAAACGAAAAGCUCUCACUGCACACGACGAACUAGCCGAAAAAUGUAAGCAACUUGCAUUCCAGCUGGAAAAAUCCACUGCAGACAUUGAACAACGCGAUCAAAAGAUCAAGCUGAUGAGUGAAGAAAUCGAUGAACUCAGUUCAACGUAUCAAGAUUUCAAGGACCAAAAUGACGAAGAAGUGACAUUCUUGCGAAACAAAGUUAAUAAGUCUACCAACGAAAUAGACGAACUGAAGCAGUCAUUAGAAAUACAACUGGAACGACUCAAUAGCCAAUCCGAUGAAGCUGAUCGAUAUACAAAAUCCAUGAAUAGUCGCAUUGAAUGUCUGCAAAAUGAUUUACAAGCCGUUCAACUUGAAUUGGAGAGAGAGAAAAAAGAGAAGAAUUCGAUUGCAUUAAAGAAUGCGGAAAUUUCACAAAAUGAAGAGCGAUUGAAACAACAGCUACUCAAUGAAUCGUAUGAAAUAAACGAAAUGUAUGAAACGAUACAAAAAUUGACCGAUGAACGAAAUGAAUUGGAAUGUCGGUUAAACGACUACCAACAGCAGAUCGAAUGCAUCGAUGAUUUAAAAAAUGAUAUCGCUGACAAAAAUAAGACUAUCAAAAUACUGAAUCAACGAUUGGCCGAUAUGAAAAAGACCUUACAAAAUGAAUUGAAAUCAAAUGAAAAGAAUGGCGGCCCAAUCCACAAUUUAGACGCUCAAAAAACAAGUGCGACUUCAGUUAGCAACUGUGUACAAAGUGAUGAUCAACUGGCCGACAGUAAUAUUAAGAACGCAUCAGCUGUUGUAAUGGACGAUGUCAACUUUAAAUACUUGAAACAUGUGAUACUGAAAUUUUUGACCAGUCGAGAGGUCGAGGCUCGACACUUAAUACGAGCGGUUGGAACACUUUUAAAUUUAAAUCAUGAAGAAGAACAAUUGCUACACGAAACGCUAAACUUCAAAGUUGGAUGGUUUGGUUCACGAUCAAUUGAUGUCACAAGAAAUCGACACCACAAACUUUUGUCCAUUCCAUCGCCAUCAUUACACAGCUAGUAAAUAAAACGCUUGCAAUAAAAAAACAAACAAAAUCGAUGUGCAAAUUCAACAAUUCCGAAUAAAUUGUGUCAUUUUCAU